UUUACAUUUCGGCUUAUUUAUUUUCGGAACAAAAUGUAGUUUUUUGUGAAAGGAUUUUCGAAUUUGAAACUGUUUUCUUUAUUUGAAACAGUUUUUUGUAUUUAUUUUUGUAACUUUUGGUAACUUUUUGUUUGAACAAGUUUAUUUUAUACGUGUAAAUUUAAAAUGGCGGAGAAGAAAUCAAGUAGAGUUACACUUCGACAUGAUUAUGGUAAACUCAAUUCUGAGGGUUUCGGAUGGGAGCAGUCAGAAAUCCCUUCGGACAAUGAGGUUGUUGUUGUUGGUAAUGGCGCGAAAGAGGGAGGUCACUCUUCAAGUACAGGAAGAAAACUCAGCCAAAGUGAUGAAACACUUCUUUUGCUUGAAAAUGAAUACGAGUCUUUGGUGAGGGAAGAGGAAGAACUACAGAACGAGGCCAGGAUAAAUAAAUUAAAGAAAAAGAUAAGUCUCAAAAGAAAAUCUUUAGCUGAACUCAGAGUUUCCCGUUUAAAUCGUCUAAGAAAUCCUAAAAUCAAGAAAUGUAUCAUCAUUUCCGAUUCCAUUGCCAAACACGUUUCCGAUAUUUGGGACACUGAUAUUCGUGCUUUCCCUAGAAUCACUAUUUCACAGUUGACUUCAACACAUCUGCGGAU